ACGCUUGCGCGAUUGUUUUGUAUAUGCCUGAGCCGCCGCCGCCGUCGAUAACGGCGUUGAGUGACAGUGCUUCAAGUGGUGUGGAAACGGUGGUCGGAGAUAUGCCGACGGUGACGUCACAGCCCAGGAUCCAGCCGCCCCCGCGGAAGCGGAAGACUAUUCAAUACCUUACGGUGCCCUCGCUGACGGUGCCGCUCAACAAGUCCAUGAAGAACCUGUCCUGUCCCGACCUGACCAAGAUCGCCCUCCAGAAUGGCGGCGGCACCUCCGACGAAGACAUCCAGAGGGCGCCCAGUCUGGGAGACUCCAUCGGAGACACGAUGUCCCUGCACUCGGACCAGGGUACGGAGGACGAGCUGCAGUUUGCCUUCAAGAACCAGAAGCUCUUGAGGACCGAUAGAUACGGCGAAGACAGUGACUCAUCGGACUGCAGUCACCUGGAGAUGAUGCCGGGAACACCUCGAAACAUCCUGACUCCGCGAGCUAUGCUGCGUCACAGUGACGUCACGGACACGCGCGCGACUUUCCAGCUAGUUUCAGAUGACGACGCCUUGCACACCCAGAGUGACAAGUCCUCUCAGAAUGACUCCAGUUCUCCUAAGCUCACCAUGAAGCGACCCGCUCCCCGACAGAGGCGAAAGGCUCCGGCACCCCAGAGCCCCCUGGUGCAAAACAGCGCGAGCAGGAUCCCAAGCAUCAAGGUUACUUGUGAGACGCCUGCCCUGCGGCCUCACUCUGCGGAGAAGCGCACGGCCUCCGACUGGAUGACCGCUCAGCUGACCAAUUUGAAGCUAUGGUUCGCCGAGCUGCAGGAGGACUUCUCCGAGUGGCACCCCGUCGAGGUGACCGACCAACCGCCCAAGGACAACGAAGAGGCAUUCUCGCUCAAAUACACCAAGGACACGCUGUUUCGAUUCGCGUGCGUGGACUGUUCCCUGAGGGCGGUGCAGCACGAGUGCACAAAGCUUCUCCAGUGGAAGUCGCCACUGCAAACGCUCCUUGUCGUUGCGGCCAUUCUCCACGGUCUCUGGAACGACUGCCUGCUCACUCUCAUCUUUGUUGGAAUCGCGUUGGGUCUCGUCAAGAACUACCUGAGCAUGAAAGGCUUCCUCGGCGCAACCACGGAAGACGUUUUCACGACUGAUCAUAAGAAGCUCGGUAUUGGCAUGGGAAUCGACAAGGUGCCCGCGAUCAUGUCCCUCAACAUGAAGAUAGCGAAAACGUUUCACGUGCUGUCGGACGCUUUCGACAAAGGACUAAGCUUGUGGACGUGGAGGAAUCCAGCGGUAACGGUUAAAGUAUUGGGCAUCCUCGGCGUACUAGCGCUGUACUCAAUGAUCAGGCCGACGGCCGAGGUCAUCAAAGUGCUCGGCACGGGCCUGGUUCUGAAGGCCUUCGUCCUAGACUACGUCUUCGUGCGGUUCCCGCGUGUGCGCGCGAAGUACGACUUUGCGUGGAUCCUGUGGAACGAGCUGCCCACGGGUCCCGAGAUCGAGAAGCAGGCGCGCCAGAACAAGAAGAAGGAGAAGCUCUCCAAGAAGAAGUCCGACCCACCGCUGAUCACGAUCAACAACAACGCGAGCGAAAGUCGAUCCCAGUCGCCCCUCUCCUUCCGUGGGGACGACAUCGACGAAGUGCUCAGCAGCAUCUUUGACAUACCCACCUCGGAGAUGUGCCUGCAAGGCUGGGAACAAGGCAGGAAGUGCACGCUGAUCAAGAAGGAGCGUUCACUCACUUCAGCGUUCCGCAACGGUCGCCUCUACUUGACAGACCACUACUUGCUUUUCCUGCGGUACAAGACGCAGCAUCCGAAGAAUCUCACCAUUCAUCUCUCGCAGAUUUCCAAACUCGAAAAGGGAAAGCCAACAUCGUGGAUAUCCGGCGAUGGAACUUCCCUCAUCGUGACAAUGAAGAGUGGUGAAGUGUACACCUUUGGCACCGUCGCAAACCGCGACGAAACGUUCAAGAGCAUCGUUGAACAGGGGAUGCAAAACAACUGCAAGUGGGCGUCCAUAGCCGAUCUCCUGCAAACCAAGACAAGCUAAUCGACUCCCCACUACGAGGCCUUGUGCACGCAUUCCAUGCACGAAAUCAUUUGUACAUAUGGUCAUCGUCAUAGUCAAAACUCUGCGAUACCACCCAUAAGUCUCAAAUGUCUUUUUUCAGCCCGUGCAGAGUUGCGUUUGUAGAUCGCCUAGUCAGUUGCUGUAAAUAGCCGCAAAUGUGUCAAGGCGAGUGCCGGCACCGCGUAACGAGCCAACAGAGAGAUUAUACAGUGUACAUAGAAAAUGAGAACUUCGGCCCCAGCGCAAAUUAUACAAAUGUGCUGGGUUAGGCUCUGUGACCGCUUGAGACCUUUGUGUAACUAUGCAAAGGCAUCUACAAGCACAAGCAUUCACAGAUCAAGUUGUUGCACACUGUUCCUCGCAUGUGUCACUUUUCUUGUUGGUUGCGAAAUGUUGGCGUACUACCAGUGCAACCGUUCUUCGCGUAAUUGCACCGAAUUGCCUUCCAAACUGAAAAUGUGAAGAGGACAGCCACCAGUUCUCUGUUUACAGCCAAUGUGUCCUUUAAAAAAAAAGCGACGCUUACCAGACACAUGUGACAGUGUGAGCAAAAUGCAAUGUGUGAUAUGCGAGCAGCAUCUCUUUUACCUCUUCGUUUACUAUAAGAACAAUGGGCAUAUGUUUUGAAGCUAUUUUAUGAGGAAGGAAACACCUUUACCUCGGUUGUUGAAGAUUUUGAGUCAUUUAUUUGCUACUGUUGCUUUUUUUUUCAUGAUUCAACGCAAUAAACUUGUACAUCAAUGUGUGAAAUUUCUUGUCUAUGGUGGGUACUUGCCCAAUGCCAAGAUCAGCAGUCACAUGUCAAAGCAUAGUUUGAAUGUAACUCUUAGUUCAUUUGUUGCAACAUUCUCGCAAUGAAUAAUAAAUGGCUGGAUUUUACACCA